CCCGGCGUGCCCCGCGCCCGCGCUGGCUGUCUCUGGCCACGUCCCCGGGCCACGUCGCUCGGUGCCCGCUGAGCGCUCGCCAUCUUCGCCGGCUCCUCUGUUCGAAGCGCCGUUGCCGCCAUGAACGUCUUCCGCCUCACCGGGGACCUCUCCCACUUGGCUGCCAUCAUCAUCCUGCUCCUCAAGAUCUGGAAGACCCGCUCAUGCGCCGGUAUAUCUGGGAAAAGUCAGCUUCUUUUUGGACUGGUCUUCACCACUCGUUAUCUGGAUCUCUUCACUUCAUUCAUUUCACUUUAUAACACUUCUAUGAAGCUAAUCUACAUUGCUUGCUCGUAUGCCACAGUCUACCUGAUCUACAUGAAAUUCAAGGCUACUUAUGAUGGAAACCACGAUACAUUCAGAAUUGAGUUUCUUGUUGUUCCCGUUGGCGGCCUGUCUUUUCUCGUCAAUCAUGACUUCUCUCCUCUAGAGAUCUUGUGGACCUUCUCCAUCUAUUUGGAGUCUGUUGCUAUUCUUCCCCAACUUUUUAUGAUCAGUAAAACUGGGGAAGCAGAAACCAUCACUACUCACUACCUUUUCUUUUUGGGCCUGUACCGUGCCUUGUACCUUAUCAAUUGGAUCUGGCGCUACUACUUUGAGGGAUUCUUUGAUCUCAUAGCAGUUGUGGCUGGUGUUGUCCAGACUAUCCUGUACUGUGACUUCUUCUAUUUGUAUGUUACAAAAGUACUCAAAGGAAAGAAGCUCAGUUUGCCAGCAUAAGUGCCAAAGCCCACCAUGGCACCCCUCGUCCUGGGUGCUUAGACAGAACAAUCCUUACCACAAGCGGAAGGUGAAGAUGCUUGAGACAGAGAGUCUCCUUCCUUCUCCUGCCAAGAGCAGCCACGGCUCUGAAGGACCGACGAAGAACCAGCGGACUUCUGUUUGAUGCAUCUUGCCUUCAUCUUUUUUUAUUACUAUGUAUAAAGAUUUUUUACAUAAAGAAACUUAAUACUGUGUGAAUUUAAUUCAGUGUGUAGUUUCAAUUGGAAUAGCUCCAAAAAAAAAGUGAAGUUUUGUGGGGUUGUUUAUGACCAGGAAUAAGUGCAAACACUUCCUUAUUUUCAAAGGGUUCUUUUUAAAUUCCAACUUUAUUUUGGUGCACGCAACGGUGUGCUGACUGAUGGAUGGUAACCAUUCUUUUGAUUUCAAAUUUCAUUCCACUGUAUUUAUUUCCCCCCCUCGCACCCCCAGAGGCUGAACAAUGUGUAUCAACUGAACUCAGACUAGAUAUAACAGAAAGUUUCCAUAUAUGACUUUAGUCUCCCGUUGAAAAUAGCGAUUCUCUUGUAGUGUCUGCUAAUGCAUAUUGUCCUCUCUUUAUCUCCCGAAAACAUUUGUCUGAAAGUAUUUGGUGCCAAUGCAAGUUUUUCUGACUAUAGAGUUUCUUGCUUUUGUGACUCGGUGUCAGACAGUGUUUUUUAUUAUUAUUAUUCACAACAAAAUUGCUCCACAUUUUUAGGGCUGUGUCAAGCCCAAAUAACAAUCUUUGUGUUGCAACUGUCGGGAUAAACCUGUGAUCGUCGUCCAAUUGAAGUAAUCGGUUGGUGGCAAUUUUUACCCUUUUUUUAAAAAUACAAACACUUUUACAAGUAAUUACUGUCCGUGUUCAGCUUUCAGCCAGUUUUAGAUGUGCCAGUUUUGAACACUAGUAUCGUUUUUAUAAACCUAUUCUUCAAUCUCCAGCACCAAGUCCUAUUCUUAUCAUUUUUUCCAUGAUUCUCUUUUUUUACUGAGCUGUUGCAUGACCUAUACUGUGUUACCAUCCUUAAUAAAUAAACAUUUUAUGAAGUGGUA